CAAACUUAUAACUUAUCUACAAAUUAAAAUACUUAAAUCAUCAUUUUUUUUUUGUAGUAAACAUUAUGGGAAAUUUAGCAAAAUAUUUUGUGAUGGUUGUUCUUAUGGUGUGCCCUAGUGUUUAUGGUAUAGGUCGUUUUAGUGAUGAAUUUGAGCCUACUUUUGGUGGUAAUAGAGUUCGAGUUUGGGGCCGGACCAACCAGCUUCUUUCAUUGUCCUUAGACAAGUAUUCCGGAUCUGGAUUCCGGUCUAAGAAAGAAUACUUGUAUGGAAGGGUCGAUAUGCAGGUUAAACUUGUUGGUGGUAACUCUGCUGGCACCGUUACUACUCUUUAUUUAACAUCGGAUCAAAGCACGGGUAUACACGACGAGAUCGAUUUCGAGUUCUUGGGGAAUGUUAGUGGCCACCCUUACACCUUGCACACCAAUGUGUUCAGCCAUGGGAAAGGCAACAGGGAGCAACAAUUCCACCUUUGGUUUGACCCAACCGCGAACUUCCAUACUUAUUCCUUUGUUUGGAACCCAAAACUCAUCAUGUUCUUGGUCGAUGAAACACCAAUAAGGGUGUUUAGAAACUAUGAGAAGCAUGGAGUUGCGUUUCCAAAGAAUCAACCCAUGAGAAUAUGCUCAAGCCUAUGGAAUGCAGAUGAUUGGGCCACACAAGGUGGAUUAGUAAAGACAGAUUGGUCCAAGGCCCCAUUUAAGGCCUACUUUCGUAACUUCAAUAUUGAUGCUUGUGUUGGGCCGAUUGGACCCCAUUCCUCUUGCGUAACUGGCCCAACAUCCUUUGCCCACUCUAGAGGGCCAACCUAUAGAAAGCCUGCACGUGGCACAUGGAGGAACCACGAUCUUGAUGCUAGAUCAAGGAAUAGAAUGAGGUGGGUCCAGAAGCAUUUCAUGGUUUAUGAUUAUUGCAAAGAUUGGAAGCGAUUCUCAUCUCAAGGUUACCCUCCUGAAUGCAAGCACUAAUUGAGACAUUUUGUUUGGUUUGACGAAAAAUGUUUUCAUUCAAGAAGUAUUAUGUAAUCAAAUUAUUUCUUUUAUUCUUUCACAAUAAACUCAAAUUGAUGUAUGAAUAUUGAUUACUCCGUACUCAUUACUUCAAUUUGUUUCACUUUUACUCUUUGGUACACAAAGUUUUCUUAUCAAU